AGCCAUUUUCCCAAUCAAGCACUUUCUCUCUCUCUUCCCUUCUCUUUCUCUCUCUACAGAGCCUUUCUCUAAGCACUAAGCACCGCUAUCCUUACAACAAUGGCAGUAAUGGCGAUAUUUGUCCUUCUUCUAUCAAUGACCAGCUAUUCAAGUGCCACAUGGUGCAUAUGCAAGGACGGAAUAAGUGACAAUGUAUUACAGAAAACUCUAGACUAUGCUUGUGGUAAUGGAGCAGAUUGCAAUCCGAUUCAUCCAACAGGCACUUGUUACGGUCCAAAUACAUUGAAAGCUCAUUGUAACUAUGCGGUUAAUAGUUUCUUUCAAAAGAAAGGUCAAGCUCAGGGAACCUGUGAUUUCACCGGCACCGCUACUGUUAUCACAUCUGAUCCUAGCACUACUGGCUGUUCUUAUCCUUCAAGUGCCACCAGUGGGACUACCCCAAGCACUACAACACCGGUCAGUGGCACUCCAACUCCGGUAUCUUCAACUCCAAUAUCCACCACACCCCCAGCUGGCACCACCCCUUACUCUGCCACACCGAUUGGCGGAAAUACACCUUACUCAGCCACUCCGGUUGGCAAUACGCCUUACUCAGCAACUCCGGCUGGAGGAAUAAUCGGAGGUGCGGGAACAGGGAGUACAGGGUUAGGGCCAUCGGGUAUGACUGACCUCAGCAAAGGUGUAUUUUUGCUGAAGGAAUCUGGUUCGCUAUUGUUCUUGGUAUUUGUCGGGCUUGUGUUUUUGUGGGUAUGAUGGAGGAAGCUAAUUGGCGAGAAUUUAAGGUGGGAAAGUUAUGGUGGAUUUAAUUAGAUUAUAGUAUGUUAAUUAUUAUGGUUGUUUCUAUUGUAUUUUUGUUUUGGUAUUUGGUACUUGUUGUUGUUGUUCAUGUGCAGGCAGUUUGUUGUAGAAUUACUAAUAUUGACAACUUGUGGUUAGUCAAAGACCAUGUUUUCUUGUACUAAGCCAACAUAUGAAACUAAGAUCCUGUUUGGAAGAGUUAUUUUAAGCAGUAGUUUGUUUUU